GGGAGGGGCUUGGUCUGGUUUGUUACCAGACUCUGGUGGAGGACUGAGUGCAGACUGGCUCCCUCUCACACCACCCAACAGCUCAACUUUGGUCCCUGCUAAGAUCCAACAGGGCUCAAUCAUGGACGAUUUGGACUUUGAGCGGCGCCGGGAGCUGAGGAGGCAGAAGCGGGAGGAGAUGCGCCUUGAGGCUGAACGGAUGCUGAAGAAUGACGACGAUGAAGAGGAGGCUGCUCGCGAGAAGAGGCGCAGGGCGCGCCAGGAGAGGCUGAAGAACAGGGAGAACGAGGAGCCCAGCAGCCAACCGGAGAGCCUGGUCGUGACCAACAGCCACAGUAUGACGGAGUCCGUGUCUGUGAGCAGUUCCUACGGAGGCGUCGGAGACGAUGAGGACCAGGCCCUGCUGGACCGCAUGGCCAAACGGGAGGAGAGGCGGCAGAGACGCAUGAAGGAGGCGCUGGAGAGGCAGAGGCAGCCGGACCCCAUGGAGGGCACAGAGAAAAACGACACAGAGGAGGAGAGGCCCUCCUGGCGCCGUUACCGCGACAACGUGGACGAAGAGGAAAAGACGAUGGCGAACAGCCUGAAGAGAGAAGAGCCGAAAGAGGAAGAAGAGGUUGUUUCGGAGACGGGAGAGGAAAAGAGGGAGGAGGAAGCUGAAGUUGAGGAAAACGAACCGAGAAGAUCUAACCUAAGAGAACAGGCUGAAACCGAGGAGCCUAAAACGCAACAAAAGGAGCUCGCCGAAGAAGAAACUCGUUCGGUAGUCAGUGAGAGUUCAAAUCAGGCCCAGUCAGCAAGCUCAGAGGCCGAGGAGGACGCAGUAGCGUCAGGGGAAGAUGAAGAGGUAAACGAGAGAGGCGGGUUCAAGGAGGACAGGGAGGACCAGUGGAAGCACAAUGGAGGGCUGCACGAGGAGGCGGCUCCCAAACAGCACUGGAAACCCGAGAGGGCCCCCAGCCGUGGCAGUGUGCGUUCCCCCGAGGCGGCGGCGGACGAGCAGGACGAGGACGCUCGGCUGGAGGCAGAGCGCAAGCUGGAGGAGCUGAAGCGCCGCCGCGAUGACGCCGAGAGCGAGGAGUUCGAGAGGAUGAGGCAGAAGCAGCAGGAGGCCGAGGCCGAGCUGGAGGAGCUGAAGAGGAAGAGGGAGGAGAGGAGGAAGGUUCUGGAGGAGGAAGAGAGGCAGCGCAAGCAGGAGGAGGCGGAAAAGAAUGCCAGAGAGGAGGAGGAGAAGAGGAAGAUGAAGGAGGAGAUUGAAAAGCGGAGAGCAGAAGCUGCUGAGAAGAGGCAGAAGGCGGAGGACACUCUGGACGGGGAGGGGAAACCGUUCAAGUGUUUCAGCCCUCGUGGUUCCUCCCUGAAGAUUGGAGAGAGAGCGGAGUUUCUGAACAAGUCUGCUCAGAAAAGUGCGGUGAAGACGGCCCAUUCUCCUGUGGUGUCCAAGAUCGACAACAGGCUGGAGCAGUACACCUCAGCAGCUCAGAGAGAAAACAAGGAGUGUCGGUCUCCCCGCUCCACGAUUUCAGAUCUCCCUCUGGUCACUGACGUCCGAAACAUUAAGAGCAUGUGGGAGAAAGGCAACGUGUUCAGCUCACCUGGGAGCGGCGGGAGCGCCUUUAAGGAAGCAGCUGUGAUAAAGACGGGCGUGGCCGGCCGCAUCAACGACUGGCUGAGCAAAACCCCCGAGAGUGGCAAGACGUCAGGAGGAAGGCCAGCGGACCUGAAGCCCGUCAACGUCACCAACAAGAGGAGUCUAUGGGAAAACAAAGGCGCCUCUCCGACAAAGAUGGCAGGCAUGGGGGAGACCAAAUCAGUCACCAACGGUAUGGGACACUAACGUCUUAAAGGAGCCGUCUUCAGUUCGGGACCAGGACAAUCCAAGACUCUUCCUUUGAUUCUUUUUUUUUCCACAAGAACCAAAUAAUGAUCCUAGAUGGGAACACACACAAACACACACACACCACGACCACAGAGUGACAGAAGUCCUCGCACUGUACUGAAACACCAUCAGCUUGUUAUUGUAGGGUUGCCAAGUAUAGUGCCUUUGCACAAAGAGUUUUCUGUGUUUAAAAAAAUGCUGUGAAAUCUGAACAUUUACAAUUCCUUAAAUCUUGUCACGAAGACGACCGUAAUUUUAGGCCCAGUCUAUACUGCUUUGGAUCAUUUUUAAAACGGGUGCAUUUUAUUUUUUGUAUUUUUGGGGGGUCUAUAUCCACAUAAUCAUAGCCGGCGAGCGUCCACAUUGAAGACAUAAAGAUGCAGGAAAAUAAAAUUUUAGCUUUGCUUUUAAUAAAUAAAAAAGGGUGGGGCUUCAGAAUUGUACUGCAACCAGCAUCUAAGGGGCAGCUGUGUCUAGUUAUCAUAAUGGUACCAGUUUUUAGUCCCACCCACUUCAAUGAACUUAA